CCCCAACACAAUGCACUCUGUUGCGUUGAAUAGCAUUCAGUCGUUCGCACUCAUUCAAUCCAAACACAUAGAAAUUAUUGUCUUAAACAAAUUAAAAAAUUGUUACCGUAUUUUAUUUUUUUUAUUUUGAUUAUGGGUUUUCAAGAACACAUUGAAGGAAAAGGAAUUUCCUCCUUCACUAUUUCUCAAAAUGGAAAUGCCAUUUUUCAAAAGAAAUAUAGCAAAAAAAAAAUUACCAUCAGCAUAUUAACGGUAAUUGCUAUGUUCCUCGCAGCAAUCUUCAUUUAUUAUUCUUAUAUCAAGCCAGAGUAUACAAUCUGCCAAUCAAAAUCAUGUUUAAAAUCCGCCGUUACAUUAAUAAAUUGUAUCAACGAAACUGUUGAACCAUGUGAAGAUUUUUAUGAAUUUUCUUGUGGUAUGUUUGAAACUAACUACCCCUACUAUUCUAAUACAAAUGAAAACAGCUGGAUAACGAUAAUGACGUUAAAAAUAAAACACAGAGUGAAAAAAUUUCUCAGCAAAGAAAAUGAAAAAAACGAACCUAAAGCAGUUCAUAAAACUAGGAAGUUUUACCAAGCUUGUUUAAAUUCUACUGAAGAUCAAGUUUCAAACAAAUAUGAUCCUCUAUGGGACAUUUGGGAAAAAGUCGGUCUAAACAUAAACUACCUAAAUGAUUCAGUCCCAUUAGAAAUCGAAACAAUUUUAGCGAGAGUUAAAGUUUAUUUGAAUCUGGCUAUUUUUUUUGAUAUUGACAUUGACGACGAUCCUAGGAAUUCAUCAUCACAUUCGCUUUUAAUUAUUGAUCAAAAUAGGGAAUCAAACAAAUAUAGAAAAAGAAACAAUAUGAAAAAAAAUAAUGUUAAUAUCGAAGAAGCUUUACCAAAAUUUAGCGAAUACUUUAAUUUACUGGUUGAAAAACUAUUAAAUCGUAAUCAAACAUAUAUAAAGCAGCUUAAAGUUGAUGGUCUUAUGAACACAACUUAUGAAUUAGUUUAUUUUGAAGAAGAAUUUUCACAAGUUUUACGAAAUGCAUUAAGUUCAAAAAAUGUUAUUCCUGAAGUAAUUACACUAGGGGAAUUUCAAGAAUUGACAGAUUUAUCUGGAGGUAAAUUUAAGUUUAAUUGGACAUUAUACCUGAGAGAGUUAACUCGUGAUAUCCAACCAAAAGUAUAUGAAAUAUUGACAUCGGAAAAUGCAGAUAAUUAUGAACUCUUAAUAAGCAAUAGAGAAUAUUUAGAUGAAAUGCUUAUAUUAUUAUCUAAAACACCAACAAUAAUAAUAAAAAUGUCUAUACUAUCUCACGUAGUAGCUAUUUUGGAAAAUAAUUUUCCAACUGGGGAGAGUUUCAAUUACGAACAUUGUUUUUCAUUGACGAGUGAUUUUUUUGGAAUGGUCACCGGGUAUUCUAUGAUAAACACCUUAGAUAACUCCUCUAAAGCUUCAUUAACUGAAAUGACUGAUAAUAUUAAAUGGGCCUUACGUAAAAUGGUUCAUGAAGCGAGUUGGAUGGACGACGAAACAAAAAAUGCUACUUUACGAAAAUUAGCUAAUACGAAAACGUAUUUUGGAUACCCAUAUAAUUACGACAAUAUACUAAAUAAUUUAUUUGAAAAUUUGAAUGUUACGGAUAAUCAUAUAGAAAAUAUAAUAUCAAUUUCGAUGUUUAACACAAAGAGUAAUUGGAAAUAUUUAACAGAAGACAGAGACUGGGAAAAUCAAACGUGGCAAGUAACUCCGGACGAAGUAAAUGCAUACUGUUAUAAUUCAAUGAACGCAUUUUUCAUGCCAGCGGCAAUACUACAAGCUCCGUUAUACCACAAUGGCAUACAGGCAUUAAAUUACGGAGCCAUAGGUAGUACAAUUGGGCACGAACUUUCUCAUAACUAUGACAACACCGGUAGGCUGUACAACGAGCUGGGAAAUGUGAUGCAGUGGUGGACGAACAGUAGCUAUGAAGAGUACACGAAAAGAGCGGGUUGCUUGAUAAGCCACUACGAUGGUAUCAAAGUCGUUAGCCAUAAUACCACUUUUGUAAUUAACGGCGAGAAAACACUAGACGAAAACAUAGCCGAUAUUACUGGACUAAAGGAGGCGUAUUAUGCUUAUCGGCGUUAUGUCGACAUACACGGGCAAGAACCCAGAUUACCCGGUUUGGAACGUUAUAGUCAAGAACAAUUGUUUUUCUUGGGAUACGCAAACCAAUACUGUCAUUAUGAUGAUACCGACAGCCAAUUUGACAAUUUUAGCAGUCACAGUCCAAACGUGGUUCGAGUACGAGAAGUCCUAUCGCUUUCACCAGAGUUCGCAAAAGCAUGGUCUUGUCCAAUUGGUUCUCCAAUGAAUCCAAAAAAAGAUAAAUGUCGAAUUUGGUAAUCUAUAUAAUGACAUAUUUUUUUCAAUUUAUUCAAAUUGGAAGUAUACUAAUGUAUUAUUUACACAUAUUACUUGUUAGUAUAAUACAUAUUAGCUAAUAUUUAACAUGUUAAUGUUAUAUUAAAGAAAUAAGUUCCUCUGUAUAAACUUAAUUGUCUACUAAUUACUAUAACUUAUUUUUGUACACAAAUUUUAACUAAAAUACACUCGUUCAAGAACCACGUAA